CGUUAAAAUGGAUAACCAUAGACAAACUUUUAACCCUCAUGAGAAAUCACCAAUGGAUGGUUCUUUUGAUGAAGAACAAGAUCAGAUUGAUAUGAUUGGAGGCCAGCCUAAAGUUAAUAUCAAAACCCAGCAUGCCCAAGCAACCCCUGAAAUGCUUGCUCAAGCUGAUCUCAGCAACGAAAUGUUAAUGAACAGUGGAGAGUAUCCGCCAACACAUGAGCUUCAGGAUUUCUCAAAGUUUAGCCACAAUGAGACAACAAUUGAUGACCAGUAUACUAAACUAGACUACUACCGGCAAUACCCAGUAGAGCACAGAACAGUUCUGUGGGAACAAAACAGAAGGAAAAGGAUUGAAGAAAUCAAGAAUAAAAACAAGGAUAAUGAACUCACAGGUUGUACUUUCAAACCGAACUUGACCUCCCAUCCUAAUGAUUACAUGAAGGGAUCACAGAAGAUAGAUGGGAAAGUGAACAUCUCCUCCAUCGACAAGUUCCUCAGCCGGAUGUACUCUGCCAGAAUUGAGAGGGAAAAUAAAUAAAUUAGAGGAUGAAAAUACCUGUGGAUCUGGCAAGAACUGGAAGAAGAAGCUCACUGUCCCUAAAGCGCCUAAUAUUACUCAGGGUAAGAAGAACAAUAGAGUCAAGGAGCCAUUCAAAAUUCCGCAGAAAUAACAGGCAUAUUUGUACACCGAAUACUGACAAGAUGAAGAACAUCAGCGAUAAGCGAACGAAUCAGUCUAACAUGAAGCUAUUUAAGAAAAAGAGCAUCAAGAAGAUGAAAGAACAGAACCAGAUCAUCGAGAUUGACCCAGAAAUGGACUACAAAGAUGCCAUUGGGUUCAUUCAUUCCCACAUUAUGAGUCUAGAUAUUUAG